AACUUGGAGGCGGCGGCGGCGGCGGCGGAGGAGGCGGCGGCGGCCGCCCGGCGCUGCAGUGGGACGCGCGCGGCUGCGAGCCUGCGGGACAUGCCCCCCGCGCCGGCUCCUUGCUGGCGGCCAUGAAGAGGCAGAACGUGCGGACUCUGUCCCUCAUCGUCUGCACCUUCACGUACCUGCUGGUGGGCGCCGCCGUCUUCGACGCCCUCGAGUCGGACCACGAGAUGCGCGAGGAGGAGAAACUCAAAGCCGAGGAGAUCCGGAUCAAGGGCAAGUACAACAUCAGCAGCGAGGACUACCGGCAGCUGGAGCUGGUGAUCCUGCAGUCGGAGCCGCACCGCGCCGGCGUCCAGUGGAAAUUCGCCGGCUCCUUCUACUUUGCCAUCACGGUCAUCACCACCAUAGGGUACGGGCACGCCGCCCCCGGGACGGACGCGGGCAAGGCCUUCUGCAUGUUCUACGCGGUGCUGGGCAUCCCGCUGACGCUGGUCAUGUUCCAGAGCCUGGGCGAGCGGAUGAACACGUUCGUGCGCUACCUGCUGAAGCGCAUCAAGAGGUGCUGCGGCGUGCGCAACACGGACGUGUCCAUGGAGAACAUGGUGACCGUGGGCUUCUUCUCCUGCAUGGGGACGCUGUGCAUCGGCGCGGCCGCCUUCUCCCAGUGCGAGGAGUGGAGCUUCUUCCACGCCUACUACUACUGCUUCAUCACGUUGACUACCAUCGGCUUCGGGGACUACGUGGCGCUGCAGACCAAGGGCGCGCUCCAGAAGAAGCCGCUCUACGUGGCCUUCAGCUUUAUGUACAUCCUGGUGGGCCUGACGGUCAUCGGGGCCUUCCUCAACCUGGUGGUCCUCAGGUUCCUGACCAUGAACAGCGAGGACGAGCGGCGGGACGCCGAGGAGAGGGCGUCGCUGGCCGGCAACCGCAGCAGCAUGGUCAUCCACCUGGCCGAGGAGGCGCGGCAGGGCCGGCCCCGGUUCAAGGCGGACGUGGCGGACCUGCAGUCCGUGUGCUCCUGCACCUGCUACCGCCCGCAGGACUGCGGCGGCCGCUCGGCCGCGCACCGGAACUCCUUCAGCGCCAAGCUCGCCCCGCACUACUUCCACUCCGUCUCGCACAAGAUCGAAGAGAUCUCCCCGAGCACAUUGAAAAACAGCCUCUUCCCAUCCCCCAUCAGCUCCAUCUCCCCCGGGCUGCACAGCUUUACCGACAACCACAGGCUGAUGCGGAGGCGGAAGUCCAUCUAGGGGUCUGGGGGCGGGGGAGAUGCAAACAGAAGUCCUUUGUCGUGUUUGACCCGAGGUCUCAUUAGCCCCACGUGUCUUUCCUCCUCCCGUAUUUAUUUGUGACAAGGAUCCUUUAUCAGGAUGGUGAUGUCGUCAUGUUUUCUUUCUCUCCUUCCUUCGUUUCUGGUGUCAUUUCUUCCCCACCUUCCAGCGAGACGGAGCAGAGGCCAAAGGGAAAAGAACGCCCGCCUUCCUCUGAAACUCGCAUCCGAGCAUGAAGCAUGGAUUUCUUCCUU